AUGGAUAGCAUGAGUGAGGCAUUUGAUCAAAUGCAAAUGGUCAAGGAUGUUCUAGCCAACAGUGAUAAAGUUUCAGAGGUCCUACAAGAGUCUACUCAUCAGUUCAACCUGCUUACUUCACCCACCUUCCUACCAAAGGUCAAGGAUCAAGGGAAAUUCACUCUCCCUUGCACACUUGGGCAUCUUGAGAUUGACAAUGCCUUAGUGGAUUCUGGAGCAAGCAUCAAUCUGAUCUCUCUCUCCAUGGCAGAGAAGCUAGGCAUUGCUGGAGCCUUGCAGCGCCCUACUACUUCAAUCAUGUUUGGAGAUGCAACUUCUAAGUCUCCUCUUGGAGUGUUCAAGAACUAUCACUUGAAAAUUGGAGAAUGCAUCAUCCAAACUGAUCUCACUGUGAUGGAAAUGGAAGAAGAGAAGGAUUUGCCUCUGUUAUUGGGAACCCCUUUCCUUAGUACAGUUGGCGCUUCAAUAGACUUUCACAAGCAAGAAGUGAUCCUUCACAAGGUUGUGAAGGAAAGGGUUGACAAGGAACCAAGAGUUGGGAAGGAUAAGGAUGAGAGAGGACCAAGGAUUGAGAAGCCACGUCUUGAGAGGGCUAGAGUUGAGAAACCACGAUCUGAUAGGCCAAGAGCUGAGACUUGUUCAAGCCCCUUGUGUGCUUGA